AUGGAUGAACUUAUCUCUUCUUCACCCCAAAAUAUUCAAGAACGCCUCCAAUUCAUGAUUCAAAGCCAAAGCCAGUGGUGGGUCUAUGCCAUCUACUGGCAAGCUACAAAAGACAGCAACAAUGGGUUUCUUCUCUCCCUGUGUGAUGGCCAUUUUCGAGGCACCAGAGAAAUGGUGUCUAAACUGGCAAGCAAUGGGCAUGACCAACAAAAGUCCGGGUUUGAUAUGGGAAAAAGGAAAGUGGCGAGAGGGAUUCAAGCACUUUUUGGGGAUAACUCUGACAUUGAUCGUCUUGUUGAAGGGGACGUCACUGAUCCUGAAUGGUUCUACAUGGUGUCUGUGACCAAAACGUUUGUAGCCGGAGACGACAUACUUGGGCGAACUUUCAGUUCGGGUGCUUAUGUUUGGCUAACGGGCGAGCACGAGCUCAAGUACUACGAGUGCGAGAGAGCUAAAGAAGCUUAUUCUCACGGAAUUCAGACUUUAGUUUGUAUUCCUACUUCAAAUGGUGUGGUUGAACUGGGUUCGUCGGAAAUUAUUAAAGAAGACUGGGGACUAAUGCAACUGGCCAAGUCUCUUUUGGGCUCACAUGUCGAAGCCAGCAAUUUGGCGCCGAAGCAUCCUGCUGCAGAUCAAAUUCACUUCCUGGGUGUUUCGGGAUCAAUUGGAGCAAAUCAUUUUCGGCCUACUGGGUAUGAAGACUCCAAGCGAAAAUCAUCGUCAGACUCGGGACCUAAUUCGGAUUUUGAAGGCUCAAUGUUCUUGGAAUCAGCAAGGAGCAUUCGAGGAAAGAGAGGAAGGAAGCCUGCGGCGAUUAGUAGCGGACCAGAAGCAACACAGGCAAACCACGUGGAGGCGGAGAGGCAGCGGAGGGAGAAGCUCAACCAUAGAUUCUACGCGCUUCGCAGCGUGGUCCCUAACGUAUCAAGGAUGGAUAAAGCAUCUUUACUCUCAGAUGCUGUCACUUACAUAAAAGAGCUGCGAGCGAAAAUAGAGAAAUUGGAGGCCAAACUGAGAGCGAAAUCAAAAGAAGUAGCCAAGAUAUCCAUGGCGAGCAGGAGCAUUGGGCAUGGAGAGCUGUACCCUGACAACCAAAGCCCGUCAAUUAGCUUGGAUUAUGUUCCUGCGUUAAGGAUGUCAUCUUCGUCUAACUGCUAUGGGUUGGGCAUGAACCCAUCAGAGGACGUAGACGUUAAGAUUAUAGGGUCGGAAGCUUUGAUUAGAGUGCACUGUCAGGACGUCAACUGCCCGCCUGCGAGACUCAUGGAUGCUCUCAGGGACCUUGAUUUUUCUAUCCAUCACGCCAGCUUCUCCAAGGUCAAGGAGCUUAUGCUUCAAGACGUGGUGGUUAAAGUUCCCGAUGGGUGCACAAGCGAGGGCUUGAGAUCUGCUGUUCUUAGAAGGCUUCAGUUUUAA